AUGUCCCUCUCCGACAACCAACUCGCCGCUAUCACGGCCGCCGAAAGAGCAACCUCCAUCCUCUCUGUCAUCGGCACCACGAUCGUUAUAGGCACAUUCUUGAGUUCCCAUUCAUUUCGUAAACCCAUCAAUCGCGUCGUUUUCUACGCUGCGUGGGCGAACAUUCUCACCAAUGUCGGGACACUCAUAUCAAGAACGGCGAUUGUGCAAAAGGAGAAGGGGGAGGCGCUGUGUCGGUUUCAGGGGUUUAUCAUUCAAUGGUUCAUGCCGGCAGAUGCGCUGUGGACAUUUGCAAUGGCGUUCAACGUCUAUCUGACCUUUUUCCACAAAUAUGAUGCCACCAAACUGAGGCAUCUAGAAUGGAAAUAUCUGGUGCUGUGUUAUGGCCUGCCAUUCAUUCCGUCAUUUGCAUAUUUCUUCAUCGGUUCUAGUUCCAAGGGUCCCGUGUAUGGAUCUGCAACUUUAUGGUGCUGGGUCUCCGUGGAGUGGGAUAUCCUCCGUAUCGCCGUCUUUUACGGCCCGGUCUGGUUUGUGAUUCUGCUCACUUUUGCCAUUUAUGCACGCGUCGGUAUCGACAUUGCCCAGAAGCGAAGUACGCUUCGAAGUUUCAAUAAAGAAGCGAAUAUGAUGACGGAUGACCGGUUAAAUAAGUUGUUUGAGAUUCAUGCUUCCAAGGUUGUACAUGUUACCAGCGAGGCUGUGAAUGAUGCGACUGCGAACGGGCAGAGGCAGGGCAGUAAUAUCAGCAACAGCAGUAGCAAUGUCAACGUCAAUAGUAGUAACAACAACGACAACAGCAAUACAACCGCCUUCCCAGCAUACUCAGUCACCGUCGCAGGGGGCGAGGCCUUCCCAUUACCGCCCUCAACAACCUCGACAGUCGGGAGCGCCAGCGUCAAAGUAUCCCCAACAACUUCACGGCGUGUUCCACGGAUGGAUAUUAGUUCAGCUGCAUUUGCAUAUUUCAAGUAUGCUGUGCUAUAUUUCAUUGCACUAUUAGUAACUUGGGUCCCCUCAACAGUCAACAGAGUAUACAGCCUCUUCUACCCCAACGACGCAAUCUUCGGCCUGGAGUUUGUGUCCGCUUUUGUCCUGCCAUUACAGGGCUUUUGGAAUAGUAUCAUUUAUAUUGCCGUAUCAUGGUCCACGGUUAUGGACUUGGUGGACCGUUUUCGAGCUCAGAGGCAACCGCUGUCAUCGGUUGAUGAUGGUACGAGGGCAAUAAAUCUGAAGCAGUACUUUACCAAGAAGAGUAGUGAGGAUGGUGGUAGUCAGAUGGGUAGAAGGAUAUCCGAUGAUACGGAGAGUACGACCCAUUUUGCGAAGGAUACUGAGGGGUUACAGGGUGAAUGA